AUAAUAUAAUAAUAACGGCGUAUUUUUAAAGCUUCUUCAUUUUCGUCAAAUAAGUAUCCAAAGCACUCCUUCGAGUUCUCCAAAAUGGCUCAGAUGAAAGUUGUAAUGAAGGUGCUAACCAUGUCUGAUGAAAAGACAAAGCAGAAAGCCAUAGAAGCUGCAGCUGAUAUUUUAGGUGUAGAUUCAAUAGCAGCAGAUCUAAAGGAGCAAAAAUUAACAGUGAUAGGAGAGAUGGAUGCAGUAGCAGUGGUGAAGAAAUUGAAAAAAGCUGUUGGUAAAGUUGAUAUAUUAUCAGUGGGACCAGCUAAGGAAGAGAAGAAGGAAGAAAAAAAGGAAGAGAAAAAAGAGGAAAAGAAAGAAGAAAAAAAGGAAGAGAAGAAGGAGGAAAAGAAAGAAGAGAAGAAAGCAGAAGCAAAGUGAAACAUCAUCUCUAUUUGAAGUAUUCAAAUUGCA